UGUACGCAAUGACGUGUAAUGUGAAAGGGUGUGGGAACUAUCUGGCAAAGACCAGAAAGAUCGAAGGAAAUAAAAUAAAAUAUUUUUCCUUCCCAAAGGAUCCAGCACUGUGUAAUAAGUGGCGUCAAGCAUGCGGAAAAGAAAAUAUUUCACCAAAAUAUGCUAGGAUAUGUUCGAAGCAUUUUGCUGAUGAAGCUUUUACGAAGCCCUUACAAGAACAUCUACUAGGUUAUUCACCUACACGAACUAGGAAGAUACAUCCUGAUGCUAUCCCGACGUUGCAUCUCCAUGCAGUACCUCCACUAACAUCAAACGAAAAUGUGUUAGCUGAAACAAUGCCUUUGCCUGUAUCAAAUGAAACCUGUAUAUUAAAUAUUUGCAUUUAUUGUUAUUUGAUCUUUUAUCUGCAUCUUUCCUCUGCAUAUAUAGUUCUUUAUGUCGUACGCCACAAUAUAUUUUUGUUUUGCGUCUCAGCUAACAAUUCUUUUCCAAUCGUUUUCCGACCAGUUUUGAUUAAAACUAAUAAUUCGCAGAAUUUUAAUAAUAAAUGACUGGAAAUUAAAAUCUCGUUUUAUGUGAAAUUUUUC